AUGGAGGACUUUGAGAUCCGAGAUGCCCCCCGCGACCCGGGCCUGCAGCCGGGGCUGGGCCUCCAACUGGGGCUCCCGCGGGCAGAAGGGGCGGGAGCGGGCGGAGCCACACAACUAAAGGCUCAGUCCCCAAUGACCCCCAAGCCUGAAGUGUUGAGUCAAGAUGAGCUGCGCAAAAGGCUGUACCAGACGUUUAAAGAUCGGGGUAUACUGGACACGCUCAAGACACAACUCAGAAACCAGCUAAUCCAUGAAUUGAUGUACCCUGUUUUGAGUGGAAAGCUGAAGCCUCAGUCCAUUCCAGUGGAAGGGAGUUCCCUCUUAAUCGGCGCUUCCAAUACCCUUGUAGCUGAUCACUUACAAAGAUGUGGCUAUGAAUAUUCACUUUCUGUUUUCUUUCCAGAAAGUGGUUUGACCAAAGAAAAGGUAUUUACUAUGCAAGAUCUAUUACAACUCAUUAAAAUCAACCCUGCAUCCAGUCUCUACAAAUCACUGGUUUCAGGAUUUGAACAAGAAAAUAAAAAAGGUUUUCUUAUGCAGUUUUUAAAAGAGUUGGCAGAAUAUCAUCAGACUAGAGAGAGUUGUGAUACGGAAACUCAAACCAGCCCAACAUUUCCUAACAAAGACUCUCUGGCUGAGAAGCUUCGACUUAUUGAUGAUCAGUUUGCAGAUGCUUUUUCACAGCGUCCUAAGUUAGAAUCUUUAGAAAGAAAGUUAAAUGAAUAUAAGAGAGAAUUAGAACAGCAAGUUCGGGCAGAAAUGGUUCAAAAGUUGAAACAUUUUAAGGAUACUGAAAUAGCAAAAAUUAAAAUGGAAGAGAAAAGAAAGUACGAGAAGGAAUUAGCUGAAUUCCGGAAUGAAUUUGAGAAAGUCUGUCGAGCAAAAUCUCAAGCCCUCAUUUCUCAGGAGAAAAAUACCCUUGAGAGGCUUCAAAAGCAUCAGGAGAUGGAAACAAAAGAAAUUUAUGCCCAAAGGCAGGUUCUACUAAAGGAUAUAGAUCUGCUAAGAGGCAGAGAAGGAGAACUAAAGCAAAGAAUUGAAGCGUUUGAAUUAUCCCGGAAGCUACAAGAAGAAAAAAAUAAAUGCAUUGAUGAUGCACUCAGGAAACGGGAGCUGAGUAUAAAGACUCUCGAGGAGACCUAUGAACAAAAACUCAAGAUGGAACUUCUCAAGUAUCAACUUGAGCUAAAGGAUGAAUACAUGAGUAGAACAAAUAGACUGAUAGAAGAUGAAAGAAAGAAUAAAGAAAAAGCUGUGCAUCUGCAAGAAGAACUCGCAGUGAUUAAUUCCCAAAAGCAAGAAUUCACUCAGUCUGUAAAUCGUGUGAAAGAACUCGAGCUUGAGUUAGAGUCUCUCAAAGCCCAAUCGCUGGCAAUAACCAAACAAAACCAGUUGCUGAGUGAAAAGGUUAAAGGAAUGAGUGAUUAUCCACAACUGAAAGAAGAGAAACAGGAGCUGCAGGUGCAAAAGAGAUUGCUCAAACAACAGCUGGAGGAGAGUCACAGCGAGAACAUGCGUCUCCUAAACCGCCUAGCUCAGCCUUCUCCAGAGCUGGCGGUUCUUCAGAACGAGUUAAAGAAAGCAGAAAAUGCCAGGGUGCUUGAGCAUAAGGAGUUUGAAAGUCAAAAACAAGUACUGGAAAAACAGCUGCAGAGUGAAAUUGAGCGUUCGGCACAGCUGAAGGCCCAGAUAGUAGAUGAUGACGCCUCUAUAAAGGGGUUAUCGAUGCAGAUUGCGGACUUAAAAUUGCAACUGAAGCAAACCCAGACAGCCCUCCAGAGUGAAGUAUACCGCAACCCGAAGCCAUCUGUGAUUGGUCAUCCCAUCAGUGGAUUCCGAAGCAGCAGCAUGGAGCCACCCAAUGUUGAUAUAUGUGGGGAUUUCCUGAAGAAUCCUCUGGAACAGGACAAGGCUCGGGCAGUUGCAGUUACCCCAAGGGUCACAAGUCAGGCAGAUGGCAGCUCCCCUGAUUCUGACCUUGAGUUUGUAGCCAACACUAAAGCCAGGGUCAAGGAGCUAGAGCAGGAGGCUGAACGCUUAGAAAAAGCUUUCCGAAAUUACCACCAAAGAGUCACUCAAGACCCAGUGAGAAGCCCACCCCCAGCAAAGAGUCUGCUGCCCCUGCACUUGCUGCGGACACUGAGAAACAUCACUUCAAGUUCCCCAGAAAGAGGUCUUUUUGCAGAGGACAGACUUGUCUCUGAGCAGCCUCAGGUGAACUUUCUGGAAGAGGAAAAGAGCAACUCGGCAGAGGAAGUGCUGACAGGUGGUGCGGCUUCCCGGCAGAGGCGGGGCUCUUCCCAGCGGCGCCCCUCCUCCACACCUCUUCCAAAAGCACACAGGAGCCUAGACAGCAAAAUGUAUUUGGAAGGUCUGGCCAGAUCGCGUGUUGCUUCCCCCAGUGCGUGUCCUGACGGCACACCCCAGGCCUCGCUGGCCCAGUCUAGGCACACCCUCUCCAGUCCAUCCCGGUCUAGCCCUCUGGAGCAGAAGGCGGGUCUUUCUCAAAGACAAGUGGAACUGCAGGACGGCAGUACAUUGGCAAGCCUGGCCAAGCUCACCUCUCAGGAGAACGAGGAACCUGAUUUGUCUUUGGAAUCUAUAGGAGACAUGCCAAGUAGAUGUGAAGUGGAUGGGCCACUCCUGGUGGGGGAUCUGCCUCACGUGGAUGACACCACCUUGGCCACCAUGCCCGCCAGGCCUGUCUCACAGCAGUACCCAGAUGUAGAUCAGGAACAAAUUGGCGAACCCAAGGAGGAAGAAGACCUACGGGAACAGCCCACAGAAGAACGAAGACAGAAAGAGGAACGAAGGCAGCGUGAACAAGCAGCUUUAGAACAGGAGCGACGAGAACUAGAGAAACUGGAACAAGAAAGGAGGAUGAUUGAAGAAUCACUGAUGAUUGAAAUGGAAAAAGAAUUAGAAACAGGUGUUCAAGAAGUUAAAGACAAAUUUGCUGGUGCUGAAAAUCCGUUAGAGAAAUACAUGAAGAUCAUCCAGGAAGCACACGAUCAGGACUCGGCAGACAAGAGCUCAAAAAAGAACCUCAUCAGAGAAGACACACCGUUGGACAUGCUGCCAUCUAGUGACAAAGAUGAAAGUCUCACAGGCUUGUCUCACGAAGAACCAGAUGACUUUUGGUGA